UCGGCAUUCCGCGUUGUCUCGGAUUGCCAUCUCAAAGAUAAGUUAUGCGUUUCGCUCCCUACUGGGGCCUCAUAUAUAUAGACACAGUCGCUCACCUCGGUGUAUCGUCGCUCGUACUGUGAAGCCACUCGCGCUGGUACAUCGAUGGCCGAUAUCGCAACGACCCCUUUCCUCAAUGCCCUCAAGUCAAUUUAUCCCUCCCAGGGUCUCACGACGCCCGAUGGCGUCCUAGAGCAGCCCUGGUACAUCGUCGCCGCCGUAUCCUUCAGCGCGAGCCGGAAGCCUGCCGCCGUCCCAAUCGUCUUUCAGUUCGUGCUCCAUGAGCUGGAGGCCGCCCAGCUUGUGACUGGCGUGCGCGCGGACUCCGAGGAGUGGCGCGCCCAGCGGCUCAAGCUGGCAAACAAGAUCCGUGAGGCACUCCUGCAUUCAGGUUUGCUGAGUGGGGUGCCGAGGAUCAUAGAGAGCCUAAUCGCUCUGCACGGUGCUACACCAGAGGAACUGCAGACCAAGGAAGUUCUCCGAGAUCGCACCAAGACUAUCGCAGACUACGAACAGAGCGGCGAGCGGCUCUUCCGCUCUAUGUAUCGCGAGACCGCGGACACCGUGCAGGGCCUGCUCGACCGUGCGUACCCGGACCUGGGCUGGUUCUGCAACACGGUCGGGUACGGUAUCACCUAUGGUGGGACGAACGUGCUCACGCAGGUGGAGAUAUCCUACGCCAUCGUCGCGGCGCUCAUCGCGGUCGACGCGCCGCGGCAGAUCACGUGGCACCUCGCGAACGCGCAGCAUGGCGGGGCGACGUUCGAGGAGGCGAGAGCGGUGAGGGAGAUCGCGGUGACGGUCGCGCAGGCGGCGGGCGUAACAUGGUCGGAUGGCGUACCAGAGGUGGCUGCCGGUGACAAGCCUUGAAAGAGCUUGAGUAAACGCCGUGACACUCUGUACUCGCCUAUGUAUGCUCAAGCUGUAUUCAAUGCCCGUAUAUCACAAUUCGCGGUGCACACAUAAUCGAUCAUUGUGAUAAUGUCACGGUGCGG